AUGUCGGUCGAAGCAAAAACAUUCACUAACAAAUCUAAUGGUGAAACAUUCACAAAAGGCACUUAUAAUGGUAUUGAAGUCUUACGUAGAGACAAGGAUGGUUACAUUAAUGUAACAAAGAUGUGUCAGCAGUUUAGGAAAGACUUUAGAAAGUUGUUGGAAAAUAAGUCCUGGGAAGAGUAUUAUAAGGCAUUUUGUGAAGAAUAUAACAACCGCCGGAAUUCCGACGGUUGCUUUUUAUACAAAAUUCAUGCAGGAAUUCCUGAUGAAAUCAAACAGGUUAGAGGAACGUAUGUAGACCCAAGACUUAUAAACUAUAUAGCAAUGUGGGCUUCUCCAAAAUAUUGCAUAGCAGUUGGAAAAAUUAUGGAUUCCAUAGACAAGAAAGUUCAUGAGAAGUUAGAUGAAGAAGAACUCGAAGAUACAGUAGAGAAUGCUAAACCUUUGUUUGA